CUGUGAUGGUCACAUGAUAAUGUUGUGGGUAUAUUACUCCAAAUAUCGGCGCUUGUUCUCCAGUCCGAGUCGAGCUGAGCUGAGCUGAGCCGAGCCGGGUCAGUGUUGCCGGUGCAGGAGGAGAAGCUGUGCAUGGUGCAGGGUUGAACUUUGGAUGCAUUCACGGACCUGACGGAGUUAAAGAAGAGAAGCCUGGAGUUACAGCAACGGGACGAAACCUUUGAGGCAAUUAUGAGAAACGUGGAGCUGUGACUUUUAUUUCUACUCACACUGACAGAAAAUAAGGAGGACAUGGAGAACAAGGCCAUGUAUCUGAGCACAUAUGAAGAGAGAGAGAACGGCUCCAUGUACGAAGAGGCCUACGAUGGCCGAAACCUGUCCAAACUCAACCUAUGUGAUGAAGGUUCUGGUAAACGCCGUCGGAAACAGGAUCAGUGCUGUAGUCACCUGAACUCCCUGUCGGCCAUCAAGUACGCCAUCGUCUCCCUCUACAUCCUGGUUCUUCUCACCAUCUUUGGACUUUGCCUGGCAGUGUCUCGGUCCCAGGUGUCUUCGCAGCGGCAGGAGGUGCUGGUGGAGAACGUGACCCGGAUGUCGGAGCGGUCCCGGGUGGUCCAACAGACUAUGGGCGAGGCGUCCGCUGAGGCCGACCUGCUGGAGAACAUCUGGAAGCUGGAGAACCUCUUCCAGAACCACAGUGACUGGCUCCAGAGGCUGGAGAUUCUCAUGAAGGGUUUGGAGGUGGAGUUGAGAAGCAUGCAGGGUCAUUCCCUUCAGUCCGAGGGCUACCUGGUGCAACUGGACGACCGGUUGUCCUCUUUAAGCAACUCCGCUGGCAGAAACCUCACCAGUUUGACUGCAGAGGUGGCCCGGACCUCCAUGUGGCUCCGAGACCAGGACCUUCUACUCAGGGAAACCUCAGGACACAUGAGCAACCUGAGAGAGAAACUGGAUGAAGUUAACUGGACGGUGGGAGCUGUCAAUCACACCUUCAGCAACGACAUCAGCGUUCACCACCUAAAGAUACAGGACCUGCAGAUCCAGAUCAGCAACAUAACCGAGGACACCAGCAGUUUAUGGGUCACCCACGUCCAUACGGAGGCCCAGCUGAGGAACGAGAUGGAGAUCCUCAACACAAUCACCGAGGACUUGAGGCUGAAGGACUGGGAACACUCCAUGGCCCUGAAGAACCUCACCAUAAUAGAAGGGCCUCCUGGGCCAAAGGGAGACAAGGGUGAUAUUGGAGCGCUGGGGCCUCCGGGGGCCCCUGGGCUGACGGGUUUAAGAGGGUUUACAGGAGAAAAAGGCCUCCAGGGCCCUCGGGGAAUGAAAGGAUCGAUGGGACUCGAUGGUCUUCAAGGAGAAAAAGGAGACCCUGGACCUGUUGGACCCAAAGGUGAGAGAGGCGACCGGGGGAUGAAGGGGGAGAAGGGCGAUCGAGGAGACAGAGGAGAGAAAACAGUGGAGGAGACUCUGGUCCGGCUUGUGAACGGUUCAGGUCCCCAUGAGGGUCGUGUGGAGGUUUUCCAUGAGCGGCGUUGGGGGACGGUGUGCGACGACGUCUGGGAUAAAAAUGAUGGCAAUGUUGUGUGCAGGAUGCUGGGAUACAGAGGAGCCACUGAAGUCCAUAAGACCGGACGCUUCGGACAAGGUACUGGUCUCAUCUGGAUGGACGACGUGGCCUGCAACGGGACUGAAAACACCAUCCACCAGUGUAAGUUUUCCGGUUGGGGGAAAACAAACUGCGGCCAUGUUGAAGAUGCAGGAGUGACCUGCGCCGUCUGAGCAGACGUAUCAUGAAGCAGCUGCAGCAGCCGACCACCUCCUCCAACACUGCCUUAAACCUUCACGAAGCUCCAAGAUGAACAGCUUACAGAGAUGCCACCUAUCUUCCUUUUUUUACCUAUAAAAAGCUGAUAAACCUUGAUAUUUUGCAGAAAGUGAGGAGAAACACUUCAGCCGACUAAAUAUAACCAUAAAUGUUGUCAUAUUUUUUCAUGGAUUGCCAUCACAGCUCAAAACACCAGCAUCCCUUUCUUCUUCUUGCAGAGAAAUGUGUCUAGCCUUUCGGAUCUCAUCAGGAUCAAACUGUUGUGUUGUUUUGUUCUGGUUUAUGUCCCUUUCUACUCGUUUGACAAACCUCCAUGUCAUGCACAAACUGAACCUGCAGCAGCUAAACAUGACGUUAUGAAGGUUUGAGUCCAUGGCCUGAAAACAUGUGACGGAUGACUCUGAGCGGACUCUUCAUCAGGACUUCAGAGCAAUGAAGUUCUGCUCAUGCUCAGAGUUCAGACCGUUUGGACCUAAAGAGUUCCUAAAGACCUACGACAAACAGAAACUGACAAGACUGUGACAAACUGAUGUUUCCUUUGUGGGCGGAUGCUGCUCAUUCACAGUGUUAUAAUCAUGUAGGAAUGGCUUCUGCAAAACAUACCACGUACAGUGUUGCCUUAUGAUAUACAGCUUUGCCCGGCUCUGAUUCUGUGAUUUGCAGGUCACAAAUCUUAAACAGCCUAGAAAAGAGUAUUUUUAUUUAUACUUUCACUUUUUUUUAGCUUUCACCUUUUCACCAAACACUGCUAAAAGAAUAUAUUUUAUCUUUGUAACACGGAGAUUCAUUUUUCAAGUACGCAAAAUGGAUAAUUUUCUCAACAUUUGGGCGUCUUGUCCACAUGUAAAUGGAUUUUUACAAAGGAAGAUUUUUAUGAGGAUAUCGGAGAGAUUGGAAAACGAUGGCAUCAUUUAUAUUAUGUCUAUUAUUUCUUUGUGUGAUGAAGCUGCACCUGAAACAUCCAAUCCAGGUGUAUAGAUCAGUGGAUGACCUGCAGUAGAUGAAGGUCAGCACCGAUACCUUUUGGAGACGGACCAGACCGGACCAGCAUUAUGGACAAAUCCACAUCAUGUAAAGACACUUCCACAACCAACACUUAAGGAAAUGAAAGUUUACAACUGAACUUGUUGCUGCUUCACCUUCAUGACAGAUUAAAGCCUCUGCAUCUGCUACGUCCAGGAUUAUCCACAGUGUCCAACAACGAUGGUUUAACUGAGUGUUCGGACCAGUUUGGAGUGGUAUUUGUGUUGCUGCGUGGACAGAUAUUUAAUAAAACGAGGACAAAAAAAUAAAAAUAUCCGUUAGUUUAUACAGGUCACUAAAUAAUAGGACAUUACAUCGAUUGUGUCAUACAUUUUUAAAAUACAGCAUCUCUGAUAAGGGUGUGAAAGACAUUGAAGCAGCUCCAUUUUUAUAUUUUUAUUUGGCAUAAAAGCAGGAAUAAAUAACAGCAAAAACAAAAUCUGCCUGUACCACUAAUGCCUCUGAGUGUAACGUUCACUCAUUUUUCAGCAAUAAAUUUUGUGUCUGUAGAACUAUUUUAUGCUGGAUGCAAAGCACCAAAUAACAGGAAAACAGACAAAGAGAAUGAAAACCUAAUUGGAUGCUCAGCAGAUGAAAACCAAACUGUCUUGGAUCAGUUUUACAGGCAUGAGCAUGAUUCCAAAUCCCGUUGUGACUGCAGAAUCUGUAAGGAGAUAACAUACAGAUGGAUGACACAUUUCUGGGUGUAUUUCAGUGCAGCGGUAUCUUCAUUUGUUCCUAUGUUUUUUGCAAGAGGAAUCACAAAAAACAAACUACAUCUAUUACAUUUAGCAGGAAUGAUUUGGCUUUUAAUGCAUCUAAAGGCAUUUGUUUUCCUCUCUUCUUUUGACUCUUUUCAUUUGUUAGUUGUUUUUGAUAUUUUUUUUUUUUAUCACUUCUGCUGUUCUUUUCCAACAAGUAGAACAAUUUCAUCAGAGAGAGGUGAUAAAUUAUGAGAAAAAUCUGACGGUAAAGGUCUUUGUAGGAUACUCUUCAUGAAGUUUUAUUGUAUAGUUUGACCAGAUCUCAACCCAAAUGGACAGAUUUUCACCACCUCCAUCAUCAAAGCAACAAAUGAAGGUAUAUAUCUUGAAAAAUGUUGUUAUUAUGUUGGGUUUUUCCUUUAAUUUGUUGCCCCAUUGCAUGUUUUGUGGAUUUUUCAGCCUCAAAAUAAUGGACUCUUACAGCUUUUAUCACAGUUUUAACAUAGAAGUCCGGGCAUAUUUUGACCCGCAAAGUUGCUAUUUACUGAGUGGUUUGUGUUUAUAGAAGAGUCUGCAGCUAACAAAGAUUUUGGAAAUGUUUAUCAGUCAUUGCAGCUGACAGAGGAAGUGAUCAGAAAGAGGGAGAACAGAUGAAUACAAACAGAUGGAUGCAUGGACGCCUGCCAUGUGUGAUUUAUAACCAUGAGCCUGUCAGUGUUUACUGCCAAAAGGGUUUUUUAGUAUUAAUACUCAGGCACAUGCACAGCAAACAGACCACCACCCACAGGCCUUUUCUCUCAGUAGGUCUUCAUGUUUAUGACUCAACUCCAAUCCCAAAGUAUUGGUACUUCCCAAGUGUCCUUGUUUUCCUCCGAUCCUGAGCGAAGAGGAGACGUUCAGCUGCAAGUCAGACUAUAACAUAAUGCAAUAACCCGUCUCUGUACGCUAUCAUGUUUUAUAUUUGAAAAGGGCUUUAAAACAUUCACUGCACCUUCUGUUGUCGAGUUCGUGUUCCUUCUUCAGUCUGUGGUGAUGUCAGUCUGCGUAAGUCGUCCAACUUUAAGCAGAUUAAGAGUUAUCUGGUGCAAAACGACACAUGCUGUCCAUGUGAGACCAGGAUAUGGAUUUUAUUUAGCAUCACAGUGCAGCCAGAAAUCACUUUUUCUACCUCAUGUUCAGGUGCACGACUGUUUGUCGAGGGGUUCGUGACUGCCACUGAAGAAGACAGAUUAGACAAAGAAAAAAGAUCAAUGAGGUGAGAAAAAUCAAUUUACUAAUAUAGGAUGUCUCGAAGAAUAGAUGAUCCCAGCGUGAGACAUACAGCACCAUGCAUGAUGAAGAAAGGUGUUUCUUGCAUCAAAAUAUAAACCCUGUUAAUUUUACAACUGUGCAUGGCUCAUUAUACUAUUUCACUUUUAUUAAGUGUAUUUUUUGAUCACUGUAUUUGUCAUUUUCUGAUAAAGAGCAACCAAAAUUGAUACAUUUAAAAUACAAAAGUAGAAUACUUCCCCAGAAAAUUCAGAUUUUAUUGUGCAGGCACUAUAUUUAUCCAUAUGCUGUUGCCCGUAAAGGUGGAAUAAUUUUGUUUUCAGACACAUUCCUCUUUUUAUUCCUAUUUAUACACAUCAGAAUUAACCUUUGGGGCAGUGAUAACAUACUGAAUCGCAGUUACACUUUAUCUAUUAAGAAUAAAUCACAUUGUCACAAUAAUUUCAUGAGAAUAGGUAAAAAAAAUAUUUUAUUUAUUUUAUUUUUAUGGGUAACAAUGUAUUGGCAAGCCCCCCAGUUAAGCAAAAUGUGCUCGACAGGUUGACAAAAAUCUUAAAAUGGGGUAUCAGGUGCAAAAUGGAGUGGGGUUCACAUUUUGAUGCCCACUUCUGUACAGAAAUAACUGAAACAUCCUAUUUUUUUUUUACUAGAAACACCUGAGCUGCAUGCCUUAUUUAUCAUGCAUGUUCCUAUAUUUCUCCGUCUGCAGUUUUCUUGAAAAGUAAAGGAUUGAAAAGAGUCAGUUUUCUAUAAGACACACAGUAUUUUCCUUAUAUUUCUCCAUAAUCUGUACUCCAGCACCAGCUCAGCAUAGGUAUAGUAAUUCAGUAGUAAGUCUUCUUUCUAAUAGUGUUUACACAUUGCUAACAUUUUAAGGGUUACACCAGCUGACAUUUAGCCCUUAACAGGUGCAAACUCCUCUAUAAAAUCAUAGUUGACAUGCAGCAUCUGGUUGUUUUACCAUAUAUUGUAUAAUUAACAGUGUUACCACUGAUUGCCACUAUUGUCAUUUGCACUAGCUUAACAUUAAUGCUCUAUAGUUCUCACCAAAUCAUAACCCUGUGUUCUAUUCACAUACCUUUUGGUGGUUGUUUGGUGAUUCAUGUCUUCAAUUUUUAGCAUUUAGCCUCUUCACUAUGAGGCAGAAUCAGAGUUUAAUAGGCAACAAGAUAGCAAAGCAAUAUUGAAUCAUAAACUCUGCAAUAUGAAUAAAUCCUUUCACUGGUUGGUAAUGAAAACAUCAUUAUCUGGAGUUAAAAAGCCCUGAACAGUAGAGGUUAGACUCCCAAGUCACUGUAUUUGUCCAGAAUGGCACAACAGAGCUACUUUGAAACAUUUUUGUGCUGAUAGUGCAUGUGAAUAAGCACCAUCGCUGCAUCUUUUACCUGAAAUCUGUUUUCUGCUAUCACAUGUCUUACACUGACACCAAUAUGUGGUUCAGUUUAUACUUCACACCCACAGUCAGAUCCAUUAGUAUUUGGACACAUUUUGGUCACAAAUGUUGUCAUUUUGCUUCUGUUUACCACCAUGUUGGACCUCAUGUGCUGUUCUUUUCCUUCCACAUUUCCACACUUUUCUCUUAAAUAAGUAAAAUAUAUAUAGCACAUUUCACAGAAAGAAUUCACAAAGUGCUUUACAGUAAAAUCAGAAGUAGGAUACAUAGACAAAGACACACAGACAUAAAAGCUUAAAAGCAAACUGUCAAAAACCCACAUCGAACUAAAAGCCUGUCUAAACAACAGGGUCUUCCGCUGCUUUUGAAAGGACUCAACAGAAUUUAAAGUGCAAAGUGACAGUGGUAAUGCAUUCCAUAGUCUGGGGGCCAUUGUUUGAAAGGCUCGAUCCCCUCUAGUUAUGACCAGCAGGCAUCAACUCAAUGAUCUAAGAGCAUGUGUAGGGUUACGCAAUUAUAGCAACUCAGAAAUGUAAACAGGUGCUUGACCAUUUAAAGCUCUCAAAGUGAGCGCUAAAGUUUUAAAGUUAAUCCUUAAAUGAACUGGGAGCCAGUGGAGCUCUGUGGUGAAUGUGAAUCUGUUUUCUGGUGUGAGUUAAAAGUUUUACCAUCAUUCUGGUACAAGUUCACUUUGGCUUCAUCCAGCUAGAGAAUAUUUUUCCAGAACUGAUCAGGCGUUUUCACAUGUUUUCUGUCAGAUUCUACUGUGUUCACUGCAAAAAUCAAAACCUUACCAAGAGUAUUUCUGUCAUUUGUAGUCUAAAUAUCUCAUCACACUUAAAAUAAGACAUAAUCACCUAAAGAGUAACU